AUGUCGACGACACGAAAAAAACAAAAAUUAGAUCAUGAUGAAGAUCUAUAUUUAUUUAAUUUAUCCGAACGUUUUCAUUCAUUUUGUUAUCCACAAAUGGAUGAUGAAUCAUCUUCAUCAACAACAACAACAACAACUUCUCUCGAUGAUCUGUGUCAACGUCUUAAUGAACAUGAUCUACAAUAUCGAUCGUCAAUAAAUAUUAAUCUUCAACAUUUAAAUCAAGAAAUUUUAUCAAAUGAAGAAAACUUAUCUCAUUCAAAUGAUUCAAUAAUAGAAAUAAAUCAAAGUUUAAAUGAAAGAAAAAAAUAUUUAAAACUAGCUAAAUUAAAACGUCGUCAUCAAUCAGAUUAUUUCACUAUGUUUAAUGUUAUAAAUCGUUAUCCAUCACGUGAUAUUUUACAAAAAAAAUUAGAUCAAUUAAAUAUCGAAUAUGAACAACAAAAAUCUGAAUUAACACAUUUAAAUCAACGUUUAAUGAUUUAUCAAAAACAAUCGAAAGUUGUACUUUAUUCUUUACUUGAACUUGUAGGAUUUAUUGAUGUAAAAUUACCGAUUAAUUUCGAAGAUGAAAUUGGUCGUUUAGAUAAUAAUCCAUUAUUAGAAAGUAAUGGAGAUAAAUAA